AUGCUCGGCCAGCUGCUGCAUUCCUUCAAUCCCGCUCGCCGCGGCUCCGCCCGCCAGCCCAGCACCCUCAUAGAGUCCGUCACCGAGGAUUCGCACACGCGCAAUCUGCUCUUCCCCGAGGCCAACCAGCUCUUCCACGCAGACUCGGCUGCCCAGGCCUUUGGCGGCAGCGCUGCCUACGACGGCGCCCAGGCUGGCAUCGAUCUUGAGCAGGCACGCGACUUCAGGGUCAUCAUCGCGCAGGACGAGGUGGGGCCCACGCCGCGGACCGUCCUCUUCGAUUCCAAGCCCGACCCGGGCUCGUCACUGACGGCUGAACGGAGAGGCAGCAGAGGCCUGUUCAACACUGUCCAGACGCCAGCAUAUACCCCGGGCCAUGGCCGCCGCUCGUCGCUGGCGCCGCAAGGCUCCGAGCCCCGCUCCCCCACCGUCAGUGCGUUCCAACGCGCGCGCACGCGCGGCGCGUCCAUCUCGGCCAUGUCCAACAUCGACGAGGCGAGUCACGCCAGAUCGAAGGAAUCGGAGGAGCUGAUUCGGACAUGUCUGGACUGCAUGUUUGGCAACACGGCCAUGAGCUAUAGGGGUCCGAGCAACAAGCUACACAUCAUACCGUUGGAUCAGCGGCAGGCGGACCGGACCGUCGCAAGCCCCGCGCCCAGCGAAGCAACCAAUUCGUUCGGCAGGAAACGCAGCGGAUUGGCCACAUCAUACACGCCAUCAAACAUACCGGCUGAAGCCUCGCAUGCGGCGAACGGCUUGCCAGAAUAUCAGAGCAAGGAGGCAAGGCGGCGGACUAUACUCAUUACGCGGACGUUUUCGGUGCAGCCACCGGACGAGGUCGAGAUGCCGGACAGUGCUGGGUUAAAGACGCCGACGCCGGGAAGCUCGUUGGGGAAAGGCAGCCAAUUCCCUUUUCCGCAAGUCAAUACCCAAGGCCAGUACUCGUCGCACAGAGGAUCUAAGCAACGGCGAACACCGAUGUACGCCAUUACUAUAAUACUGCAUCUUCCGGUGGCUUCUGCCGCGCCUGCGCCAGUGUCUCGCUCUGGGAUAGGCUCGCAAAAACCGGGAACUAAAACGCAGGGUGGCCAGGAUUCUCUUGGGUCGUCGUUCGAUUCAGAGCGCCGUGCAGGAUGGACCUAUGUGGACUCAGCUUUUGGCGUUGAGUCAUUGCUGUCGACAGCCAGUAACAGCGAUGUGGAUGACAGAGUCGACGUGGUAGGACAACAUUGGGACGUGAUCACGAGGACGUUGACAAGCCUGCAAUUCAUUGUGCAGGACAAGAUUAUGAAUAUGUUCAGGGCUGCAGACUUGGCGACGCCGGCGUUACAGCCGUUACCGACGCAGAACCGCGCGCAGGAUCCGCGUGCAACCAGACGAGAAUCACCCAUGUCGGUAUCCAUGCCUCCCCGGCGCGUGCUGAAACUGCAUCAGCAUGCCUUGCUUUUCGAUGCAGACAUCAAGAACGCGGCAGAAAUGGCGGGUGAACGGGUGGUCCGCGGCAUGAAAGUGCCUCGCGUUGUGACGGGUCAAGCAAGAUGGGGAGUUUGGAGAGAAGAAGCCCGAUGGCUCAGCCGAUGGGCUGGUGGGCGAGAACAGAAUUUUUUCUUGUUCAACCUGCUUACAGCCUUCCUCGGUACGCAUACCGAGUGGUUGAACGUGCUGGGACCAAAAAAUUACAGAGCGAAACAUCGCGAACAGCAAAAGGCGAAUGUCGGAGAGGAUCUUACCAUCUCCAGUCGCACAGUCAUUGUUUCUGCGGACAAAAUGGCCGCGAGGCGGCUCGUAUUUCUUCUUUCCACAUUUUUGCCGGCUUCAACACAUACGGCCUAUGAUGGCGCAUCUCCUGUCAGGCCUAGCACCUCCAACUCGGUAAGAGGCUACUCGCAGUCGCCUCCUUCAAAUGCCACAAUAUCUCGGCAGCAAUCGCUGAGGCGAACAAUCAACCGCAGAGGACACAAGAGUUACCCCAACAUGAGCGCUUUGAAUGUUGGCAAAGGCACGAAUAGAAGCAGCGAGGCUAUCGAUACUUCCGAGGAAAAGAGCGAGGAUGGCAGAUCUGAGACAUACAGUCGCUCGCACUCCCGAAGGCCGUCGCAAGUGCAUUCGAUCAAAUCCAUCAAUGCCACAGGGCUGACGAUACCUUCGAUGGCGGAUGAUUCGAAAGUGCGUAAAAAUAGCAUCACGACGACUUCCACGGUAACGCCCGAAACGGCGGUGCCGGUAGCACAUUUCGCCGUGCAGCGGGUCAGCCCCAGCCCCGGUAUACCCAGCGAGGCUCGCCCCUCUAGCAGCGGUAGUCUGGCGUCUGUCAAUCUCCGCCAGAAUCUUCAGCGCACUGGCAGCACGAGCACAGACUCUCAAGCUAGCCGUUGGGGCAGCUUCAUGUCGUUCUGGAGUGGAGGGCGGCGCGAGUCGUCUGCUGACACCAGCGGCAUUCUGCAGUCAACGGAUGACGGCCUUAGUGCGGCACCCGGCUACCGUCGGCCAACUAACCACCAAUCGCCGACCAAGCUACAGCAAAUGGUUGACGAGAUGCAAAUUCACGAUUCGCCGGACAUGGAGGUCGAGGACGUGGAUGAUUACGAGACUGCUACCCAGAGCGGAGAGCAGUCGACCGCAGGCGGCGAGGUUGGACACACGGCUGCGCGAGCCAUUCCGGCACGGCAGAAACCUGGAGGCCCGCUUGACUCGCCACUCAAGCUCUCCGUCAACGAAACUGAUGGCGUUAUCGACGUUGAUAUCUCGCUGCCCGGGUUCGGCGGUGGUUCGCCGCUGCAGUCACCCUUGUUGCCCACGCUCGGCAACUCUGUCUCAAGCCUCGAGGGUGCAGGCUCGUUUGGACCUUCCUGUCACUCCUCUCACCAUUCCCUAGAUAGCCUUAGUGGCCUCGGCAGCGCGCCCCAGACACCCGUGAAUGUCGCCGGAUGGCUAGCCAGAUUCCACCAGGACUUUGAGUUGCAGGGUGUUAGCCCGUAUCCCGACCUGGAGAAGGACGUCCGCAGAGCCAUGUCAGCGGAGCCAACGCCCGUCAUGGCCGUCAGCACGCCAACACUUGAGUCGGGCCCGACGGAGAAGUGGGUGUCGGUCUGCACGGCGCUGAUAGCCGACGCGCGCACCUUUACCGUCAAGCGCAUCAACCUCAAGCGCCUGGUACGCUUGAUCCCGAGCCUCGGCCAGCCGGCCGUUACGCCGGGCCCGAACUCGCUCGGCUCGCAUGGCGCCAGUGCCCUGACUCCGGGCUUCGGCCUCAGCGGCCGCAGCCAAUAUGGCAACCCGUACAAUGUCGGCUCUGCAGGCAGUCUGGCGCCCGCGCUACCGAUGACGGAACUCCACCUCGACGAGCGUUUUAUCGAGGAGCCGGUUAUGGACCUCGACGAGACGCUGGUCGAGGCGCUGGAAAAGGCCCUU